AUGGCGACUGAGGAGGACAUCGCGUGGUUUAAGUCCACCUUUCAUCCUAUUCCCAAACCGCAGCUCCCCGAUGAUUCUGUCGAGUAUUACAUUUAUCACCUGCCUUCCCCCGCCCCCGCCGUUAUCGAUCAGGCCGCCGAGACUCGCGCGCGAUUGCUCGAAGUGCAGCGCACAGCUGCCGAAUUAGCCAAGGAGUUGCUCAAAAAUUAUAUCUGGCAGCGCGAAGGCUUUCGGUUGGAGAUUAGCAAGGAUGAUGGGAUCACCUCACUCCACGGGCGCACCAACUACGGAGAUUCUAUCGAGGAUGAGUGGGUGGUUGUCUACCUACUUCGUGAGUUAACGAAGCGACACAAAGAUAUUUGGGUCAAAGUGGCAGACAGCGAUGGCGAGUUCUUGCUCAUUGAGGCGGCGGGCACGCUUCCUGCGUGGCUGGAGCCUGAGGUGGCCGAUAACAGGGUUUGGAUCAACCAAGGAGACCUCAAAAUCAUCAAGCCGAAGAAAGACACGGGGAAAACGGUCUCGGAAAAAUUGUCCCUUCCCGAAGCACACAAGAUCAUCCAGGAAGAGCCGAGCCGCUUCAUACGGUCCAGAAUCAUUCAGGAGGAAGCUUUCUACCGACUGCGCAACUACCCCAAGCAAAUCUCCGAGAACAUCCACUCGGCGAUCGUGACAAUUCCACGCAAGGCUGCAUUCCUCUUACACCAAAAGCCGGCGUACAUAUCGCCUGCCGUGGAAGCCUUCUACAUUCGUGACCCUAUAGCCAUGCGUCCCCUCAAGUCAAAGGACGCAUCUGACCUCGUUUUCAAACCCGACGACUUGGUUACAGUUAGCGUUAAGUUCACUCGAGUAGGAUACGCCCAAUUGAAGAGUCAGGAGUUUCCCAUCCCGAGCACCUGGGAGGGCAAACUACCUCCGACAGAAGAUGUCGAAGCGCACACGCGCGCAGAGACUGGCAUGAAGCUCUCGUGUGGGCUCGAAAUGCUGCUCUACGACCCCCACCAUCAAGACAAGGCUUCCGUCAGAGAAAUGAAGCUGCUUCUUGAAGAUGUCGACUCGGGCGAUGAGAAACUUCCCACGGAUGAAGAGAUUGCAAAUAAAUGGGAUAAACAGGAGGACGAUGAAAAGUGGCUGGAUAUCAACUUUGAAGAUCUGGAUAGGGAGCUCAAAGGCGGCGGCAAGAACAAAGAAAAAUCUGGCGGCGACUUUGGCGAUGCAGGCGCUCAAGAGAAUUUGCAACGGAUUGUCGCUCGUUUCGAAGAAUUUUUGAACGAUAACUCUGCAGGCUUCGACGGCGCAGACUUCAUCGAUGACUUUGGAUCAGACUCUGACGACGACGAACUCAGCAGUGAUGGAGAGGACAAAGAUGCCUCUUUCGAUGAAGAGGAGUUUUCUCGGAUGAUGAAAGAGAUGAUGGGCAUGGCUCCUGGUCCGGGGGGUCCGGGGGGUCCGUCUUUCAAAGCACCCAUGGGCAAACGUGUCCAAGAGCUCGAUGCAGAGGAAGAAGACGACACGGAACAGAUCAAGGAAUUGUCUCGACAGAUGGAGGCUGAACUGCGAGGAACCGGAGUCCUGGACCUGAACAGACAGCAACAGAGGCUGGCUUCUGGAGAGGAUGCAUCUAAAGGAAAGGCCGCCGAAUCCGCCAACCCAGAUGAUCACGAAGAUGAGGAUGACAAUGCCAACAUCAAUCUUGCCAAGAAUCUUCUGGAAAGUCUUCAUGGCCAGGCCGGUACUGCAGGCCCGGCGGGCAAUAUGCUUUCGAUGAUGGGCCUACGGAUGCCGGAGGAUGAUCGCCACUAA